ACUGAUAUGUCUGAUCUUUCUUAAUUGAUGCAAUUUGAUACAAUUAAAAAUAGUAGCCUACUGUUUCUAUUUAAACUUCUCAUGUACCUAAUCUGUUUUUCCUAUUCUAAUUUUGCAGUCAGAAUGACAAUUCAAUGUAAAAUCUCUUGUUUUAUUACAGAGUUUCAAAGAACAGUGGUCAAUUUUUGAUUUUCAUAUUUUACUUUUUUUUAUAGAUCUCGAAUUGACAAUUAAAAAAGACUGGACACAAGCACUAAAUGCUAAUGAGGAGAAGCUAUUUCAAUAAGAUCAUUGGCAGCACUGGCUGGUGUCAGAAGUCGGAACCCUUGGCUGGUACAGGAGAUGAGCCCUUGUUCAGGGGAGCAGAUCAGUAUGAUUUCUCGAUUGUACUACCGGCAGCAGGACGUGAGUGUUUUUGGCAUUUUGCACAUCAAAGUGGCCACUUUUACUUCAGUUAUGAGAUUCAGUGGGUGACCGGAAUUGGAAAAGAAAGACAAGUCACUGCCUCAGUCCACUCACCCAAUGGAUUUCUUUUGGGAACUUCUCAAGAUUAUCGAGGACAAAUUAAUUUUCAAACUAGACAGACAGGAUUCUAUCAGAUCUGUAUAAGCAACUUUCACAAUCACUUUGGGUCAAUGCAGAUUUUCCUUGACUUUGGAGUCGUUUAUGAUGGUUUUGGCUUUGAAGAUGUAAAACAGCAGCAAGAGCAGGAAAAGAAAAUAGUCAAUGACACGCUGGAUGCAAUCAAGGAAAGUACAUUCAAGUUGCAUAAUUACGUUUUCCAUAUGUGGCGGUACUACAAUUUUGCACGAAUGCGGAAAGGUGCCGAUUAUUACCUUGUGCUCUCCAACUACAACUAUGUGAACUGGUGGUCUCUGUGUCAGAGCCUGGUCAUUGUCUUAGCUGGUGUGCUGCAGCUUUACUUCCUGAAGCGCCUUUUCCAUACAAAAACUGUGACUGACAGCAACAAGCCCAGGUGUUGACAGGACUUUGUCUUCAGAAAUUGCUCAGCAGUCAGACUAGAUAAUCCGUGAUAUUUAAGUAAAUUAGAGCACACUUUAGCUUGAUGUGGCCCCUUUCAUUUAUUUUUCCUUCAUAAAUUCAUAAAACUAAAUACAUUCAUUUUAAGGGAUCUCUCCCAUAUUAUAUAUCUCUAUAUCUAUCUAUAUAAUAUAUACACACACACACACACUCCAGCUUACCCAGUCUUGCUGCAAGUUUUAUUUAAUUAGAUAAAAAUUUUAGUAGGUUCAAGUUUAAAGAGCAAAAAUAUGUAAUUGAUUUCUAAAACUGGCAGGUCAAGUGACUUCUGAUGUAUGUACUUGGCGAUUCAUAAUUAAUUGAAAGUCCAAUUUAAAAAAAUAAGUGUAGUGAUAAGCUCAUUUUGGAAUUUAUUUUUCUGCUUCCAGUUUAAUAGCUUGCCUCUCAAUGAACAUCUAUUUCUUUUUCUAAACACACUGCAUACUUGUAAAUUAACAGAAUCAACCAAAUUUACUUCAGAGAGGCACUUAAGUAUUCCAAAUUUUGUCAUUGGAGUAACCAGUAAUGUAUCUUAAUUUAGAAAAAAAUCUUUUGAGCAUAUUUUUUAAAAAACAUCUGAAUUGAGCUUAAUGUUAGAAAGUGACAAAAACAUGUCAACUUUCUCUGAAAAGCCGAGGGUUUCGGAAACUAAUACUGGUGAAAUUGGUAAAGCAGACAAAUGACAAGCAUUUUCAA